GCGCUUUGACUUUGGUCCUCCAGGCAGCAAGUGCAUAGUGACUCUGAUUCCGGGAACUGAUACGUUGGGGUGCCUAAGAGGAGGAGCAGGGACAGCGAGGGAGAAUAAAACGGAAACGCUGCUGUAUAAACGCAGGCUCUCUGAGAAACCCUGUGGUGGAACUACCGUAAGGUCGGUAGAAGGAAGUAGGAGCUUGGACUGUGGCCGGAAACCUCUCAGCCCUCCCCUGUAACAGGCGCAUUUUAAUCCGAGCUCUACAAAGUGGGGGGUCAUGAAGAGUUUGCCGUAUUUCUGCCGCGGUGAGGUGGUGCGAGGUUUCGGCCGAGGCAGCAAGGAGCUGGGAAUCCCCACUGCAAAUUUUCCAGACGCUGUUGUGGAGCACCUGCCAGGAGACAUCACUACUGGUAUAUACUAUGGCUGGGCCUGUGUCGGUCAUGGAGAUGUACAUAAGAUGGUCAUGAGCAUUGGUUGGAAUCCAUACUAUAAAAAUGAAAAAAAAUCUAUGGAAACUCAUAUUAUUCAUACUUUCAAAGAAGAUUUUUAUGGAGAAAUUCUGAGUAUAGCUAUUGUUGGAUAUAUCCGACCAGAGAAAUCUUUUGAUUCAUUAGAUUCCCUAAUUACAGCCAUUUACAGUGACAUAUCUGAGGCAAAGGAGAAACUAGAUUUGCCAGAAUACCAAAGUAUGAAGGAUGACAACUUCUUCAAAUCAAUUCAAAGCAAUAUAAUGAAUGGCCAUUGACCAAGUCAGAACCAGAGCUUAUGGAACUUACUGCUUUUUGUUUCUUGUAUCAUUUAAUGUAUACUUUAGAAAUUGUUUUAAUUUAGUAGUUUUUAACUGUGCUCAUUUCUGACCAAAUUUGAUAUUUCGUACAAAAUUGAACUGGUCUUUAAUGCAAUUAACUGAUGCAAAAUGUAUGUGGAUGAUUGUGGGGGUAUCUUAAAUUUCCUACUUUUGCAUUUGCACCUUUUUUGACUACUGAAAUCCAAGUGACUGCUCUGUUACUGCUUGGUCAAUAACUUUAUUAAAAAAAAAUUAUACCAUAGAAGGCUGGAAGUUCUUGAAGAUGAAGUGAGUGACUGCGUAAUGUGCCUUUAUGAUACUUUUAUUUAAGUGAAGUGUACUUCAGUGGGUUUAGUAUGUUACUAUAGGAGAAUGUCAAAUAAGCAUGUUGAAAAUGAUUUAUUAAUAGUCUUUUGAAUGACAAUUGUUUCUCAAAGUUUGUUGGGGUGGAAAGAAAAAUAUCCUGAGCAUUAUUUUUGUUACUUAAAUGUGUUUUAUUUUAUUCAUUGUUGGUCUGUGGGGAAAUAUUAUCACAUUUACGAUGGUAACCUUUUGGUACAUCAGCCAAGUGAGAUUCAUUAGCUUAGGUUAGAAUGUGACUAUGGAGAAGUUCUUUACUCUUGCAGCACAUAAUUGUGAGUUUCACUGCACCUACAGUCAUUAGUAGAUGUAAUGAAUUGUCAUCAGGAAAACUGUUGACAAAUGUCUCAAUGACAAAUGAGAUAUCACUAAGUGUUUGUAGGAAUUAAAUUUGGAACUUGUGUAUUCCUGAACAAUAUGAUCUGUUUAGCUAAUGAGUCAGCAAUGUCAAGGUUUUUGUUGCUCCUGACUAAGGCAUCUGUACUGUUGGAUCAAGGCCAUGUUCUAUUGAGAAGUUUUUCUUUUCAGAAACAUAACUGUUUUGGAUAUUCAGUGGGUUUUAAAGAAGUACAUAAAGAUCUAAAUUUGUCUAAUGUCAGUUUACUUUCCUGGCACAGGAUAAACCAUGCAGGCUACUCCUGCUGUCCAGUGGCCUAUUACAACUUUAUUAUUCUUCAGGAUCUUUGGCUCCAGGUGCCAUUUCAAAUACUAAAUGUUUCAAGAUGGAGUUUAGAAAAGAUUUGGUGGGGUUUUUUUUUGCUCCCCUUUUUAAAUGCAGGCAUUUAUUUAUAGAGUUGAUGCUGUCAUGAGAAGUUAUACCAUCUUAAGGCAGGAAUUGUCACGUUCCAGCAGAUUUGGAAUUCCUACAUUCACGGUGGGAAUUGGUCCCCAGUAAAUUAAGACAUUUAUGCUUUUUUGUUUUGUAGUACUUUAAUUGGAAAGGAGUUUUUUUGGAAUAUAAAAUAGCAGAGGAGACUAAAAUCCUUUAAUGAAAUCUGAAUUUACGAGCUGAACUGUCUAUAUUCCUACUUUGUCUCUUUUGCAUUUGUGUCAACUAUGCAGAUACAAAUUAAUUCAAACUUUUGUGCUGAAUAUAAUAGAUUCCUGAGGAAAAACUGUAUUGUUGUAUGUUACUAUUCUUUGUCCUCAAUAUGUAUUGUAUGGAAUAUUUGGGAGGGGUGGUGAGAAACGCUUUGGGGACACCCACUGGAAAAUUCAUUGUCAUAUGCCACUUAUUUAAAAUUUAAGACCAAAGAGGGGCAUUUAUUUCUUUUGAUAUUAAAUAGAACUCAGUGUAUGGAAUAUGAGAUUUUGUUUUUUUUUAAAUAUAAUAUGAAGUAUUUGCCUCCUUGACUAUUUUAGUUUCUGGAGUGAAAGUGGCUAGUUGUUACGAAGUUCUUAAUUUUUAGAAAAAUAGGUCAUUCACAGCCUCAAUAUAUUUAUGUCCUAAAUACAGUAAAAGUUAAACCUGAAAUCAAAAGCUAUUGGGAUUUUGCUUUUUAUUUCCCCUUUUGAUCAGCUGUAGUGAACAUGUCUUCAGCAUCCUUUCUGCUACUACCACCACUUAAUUGUCCAGUUUGGUACAAGUUUAAAGUUUAACAACUUUAGAAUAGGUAAUUUUCUUCAAUAAACAAUGUCAGUUUGGAGACAGACUGGAGGAAAUGAAGAGUUGGAAUCUCUGCUCCAUCUGCAACUUCUGGUGCUCCCAAUGCGGCCUCCUCUACAUUGGUGAGACCCAACGUACCUUGAGGGACCCACGUUGUCAAGCAUCUACGCCCCACUUGCAAAAAACGGGAUUAUCUAAUGGCCAACCAUUUUAAUUCCUAUCCUCAUUCCAAUUCCAACAGGUAGGUCCAUGGUCUUCAGUCAUGAUAUAGGCAUUCUCGUAUUCUGUCUAGGUAGCCUCCAACCUGAUUGCUAUGAACAUCGAUUUCUGCAACUUUUUAAUUUUUCCCCUUCCCCUUUCUAUUUCAAUUUCUCCACUCUGGCCUCUUACCUCUUCACCUCACCUGCCUAUUACCUCCCCAUGGUGCCUUCCCCCUUCCAUUUCUCCCACGGCCUACUCUCUUCUCUAAUCAGAUUCCUUCUCUAGUCUUUACUUUUUCCAUCUAUCACCUUUCAUCUUGUUCUCCUUCCCCUUCUUUCAUCCCCCCCCCCCCUCCAACCUUAUUCUGGCAUCUUCCUCCUAUCUGUCCAGUUCUGAUGAAGGUCUUGGCCUGCAAUAUCAACUGCUGUCAGAUCAUGAUUUCUUCACACUGCUUCCAUCAGGAAGAAGACGCAGGUCGUCAGCUUCAAGAACAGUUAUUCCCCUACACUAUCAGGCUCUUGAACCAGAAGGGAUAACUUUAUUCAAUUUCACUUGCCCCUUCACUGAAAUGUUCCCACAAUCUACAGAACUUAUGGACUCACUUUCAAGGAUUCUUCAUCUUGUGCUCUUGGAUAAUUGAUUAUUUAUUUUUCUAUUUUUUGUAUUUGCACAGUUUGUCUUCUAGCACACUUGUUGUGCAUCCUGGUGGUGUAGUCUUUCAUUGAUUCUGCAUGGCUAUUGGAUUUAUUGAGUGUGCCUGCAAGGGUUGCAUAUAGUAACAUAAAAUUUUGAAACUUUGAGCUGUUUAGUUAUUUCCAUACGUGCUUCCUAACUUGCUGAGUUCCUGCAACAUUUUGUGUGUGUUACUCUGGAUACUGGUAUUCCGAGUUCUUCCCUCUUCACUGCUUUGAUGAAAGCAGUUUGCACAUUCUGAGAUGCUGAAGUAUAGGAUUGAAGUUCAAGGUUCCAGCACUUGCUAUUCGUUCACUUGCUGCAAGUAAAACGAUACUAAAUAUAUUAUGUCACUGUCUCCACAGAUGCUGGUUGACCUGUUGAAUUUGUCCAGCAAUUUUUUUUUCCUCCAGAUUCCAGUACCUGCAGUAUCUAGUGUAAUCUUAAUAUAUUUGAUAAUGGACUACAUGAUCAAUCACUUAAUUUGGGAUGAAGCAAAUCAAUUGAAUAUGCAAGAAAAAAAUACAGAACUGGAAGAUUUAGCAUUGAUGAUGGUUGUAGAGAUGGAACUACUGUGAUUUUGAAGAGUGUUUAAAUUAAUUAAUUAAGGCAAAUAUUAUGCAUGUAAAUUCAUUUUCUUCUGGCCAUUGGUAUCCUAUUAAGUGGUUUGAACUGUAAUUUUAAAUGCUUGACGUGUCCAUUUUAAAAUUAAAGUAAUUUAGAUUUGGAGUAGCUGGCGAAAAGUUGCAUUGUCUAAAGGCAGGACUUGCUUAAAAUAUUUGUUUUGACUCUUCCAGUCUUCGUAGAAGUUUUACGGGAACCAUUAACCAUUGGUCAAGGCUAGCUUUAGGAAGCAAAUUAAAUUUUUUUAAUCUGAUUUGAAAAUUCCAGUCAAGCUGUACAAGUAUUCUUUAUUGUCUUCACGAAGAAUAUUGUGUCAUCACAUUAGUAAGAUAUAAGCAAUCAGAUGAAAAUUCAGUGACAUCUAAGAAAAUGUUUACACCUUGUGGUAGAAAUAUGUAAUAGUCUAAAGCAAAAAAAAUGUCCAUUUAAAGUCACCUUUAUUUCAUAAUUUUGAAAUGUUUUAAGCUUACUGUAAAUACACAACCAAAUUAUGGAAAACCCAAUAAUAAAAUUAUUAUUCAUUUAUACUA